GUGUAGAAGUAAAAACUGGACAAAUUAAAGUUUGCGGUUUGCACUGUGGACAAGAGAAACUUUCACCCACUUUUCUCACCACCUCCUCCAUCCGAUCUCAUUCUGUAAACCUUUCCUGUAUUCACGGACGGGCGGGCACCUACAUAUAUGCCCGCUUCUUCUUUUUUCCCACGCUCUAUAUCUCUUUAUUGAAACUUCACGGCAGCAAGCAAACCAGAAAACGAACUAUUCGCAAAAAUGGCAAGAGGGGCAGGCGUUUUUAUGUGUUUCUUGAUCCUAGUCAUGGAUGGAGCAGCUGGGUAUCUUGGCAUCAGGGCUGAAAUUGAACAAAACAAGGUUAAGCACUUGAGAUUGUGGAUAUUCGAGUGUAGAGAGCCAAGCCAUGAAGCUUUCCUUUUGGGGUUAGGCGCAGCAGCACUUUUGGCUAUAGCCCAUGUUAUGGCCAAUUUGCUUGGUGGCUGCAAUUGCGUUUGUUCUCAACAAGAAUUUGCGAAGGCUCCUCCCAACAGGCAACUCUCGGUGGCUUGCCUCAUUCUGACUUGGAUUGUAAUGGGUGCUGGAAUGUUCAUGCUGGUGAUAGGGGCAUUGUCAAACAACAAGUCAAGGGAUUCGUGUGGCAUCUCACACCAUCAUUUUCUGUCCAUUGGAGGGGUUGUGUGCUUUGUUCAUGCCUUGUUCUCUGUAGCGUAUUACGUUUCUGCAAAUGCCUCUGUUGAUUAAUUAGUGACUGACUAGGAUGCAUCUGGACUCCACUGCUAUCUGCUUUUGGGUUUUGGCUUUUUCCCGACUCUUAGAUGUUUAUGUUACUUUAUGGACAGUGCGCUUCUAUGCUACUUUCACCGAAAGAAAAGAAACAUGCGACCGUUCUUGAGACGACCAAACUCUCUUUCCGAUGUAAAUGUAUGACUAUUACAGACGUUGGUCAUUUUCCCCCGCAAAUUUCUUUUCUUUGCAGUUAUA